GAUUGGCAGAGAGGGGUGGAGGACAUUGAGUGGAGGCCAGAGGAGGGAUUGGCAGAGAGGGGUGGAGGACACUGAGUGGAGGCCAGUGGAGGGAUUGGCAGAGAGGGAUAGAGGCCAAGGAGUGGAGGACACUGAAUGGAGGCCAGUGGAGGGAUUGGCAGAGAGGAGUGGAGGACACUGAGUGGAGGCCAGUGGAGGGAUUGGCAGAGAGGGGUGGAGGACACUGAGUGGAGGCCAGUGGAGGGAUUGGCAGAGAGGGGUGGAGGGCACUGAGUGGAGGCCAGUGGAGGGAUUGGCAGAGAGGGGUGGAGGGUACUGAGUGGAGGCCAGUGG